GUUGCACCAUGCUGGCGACGACAAGCGUCGGGUCCACCACAGCCGUGUGCUCGCUCUCAGACCAGGUCAAGAAGUACAAGGCGCGGUCGAUCACAGAGGACCACUACCAUCAUCAUCUGCAGCAUGUUGACAGCAGCAACAACAAGCAAGGCAAGCCGCGCCGCGUCCUCGACAGCCUCGUCAUCCUCUGCGUCAAGGUGCUCACGGCGCAGUUCAGCACCAAGGCAAAUCCGAUGCAAGGCAUUCCUGCCAAGUUCCUGCCCGAAGUGACGCAGCGCCUGCCAAUGGACCUGCCGCUCACGGCAACGGCGCCUCAUAUCCACGAUGAGAAUUUUUGGAAGCGCUGCUGCUUGCACCAUCCGGGCUGGACCAACCUCCAGAUUUCGCUGCAUGGCUUGACGUGGAAGCAACUCUACAUGGAGCGCACGAUCCAAGAGACGCUCGAAGGCUUUGACCCGACGGACGCCUCUACAACGUACGCCGAUCUGCUCCAGACGAUCAGAGCGUGUGCGCCAUACAUCUUUUCGCUUGAGAUUGACCAGCUCCUCUCGCACAUUGACGUCCACGAGGUUUUUCAGUGCCUCCCGAACCUCACCAAGCUCAAGCUCUCGUACGGCGUCAAGCAGAUCGGAAUGAAGUACGAGCGCAUGCUCUUUGGCAUGAAGAUCUCGGACGCGACUGCGCUCUCGCAUGCGAUCAAGGCGACGAUCACGCUCUCGACGCUGCUGUUGCCGAGCAACCUCCUGGACGACGACCUCCUGCGCAUGCUCAUGACGGGUCUCAUCAAGAACGCGACAAUCACGACGCUCGACCUCUCGCACAAUAAGCUCACCAACCACGGCGCGAGACUUCUCGCCAAGCUCCUCGUGCCCACUUCGGUCAUCUCGAGCUUGAACUUGUGCGACAACCAGAUCCACGCCGAGGGCGGGCGGUACCUCGCGCGCGGCCUCAAGUGCAACACGAGUCUCGUCGAGCUCAAUUUGCGCCUGAACCGGCUCACGGACGAAGGCGGGAAGCUGCUUCUCGAAGGGCUCGUGGGCCACCGGUCGCUCACGAUGUUGAACUUGAGCAACAACGCACUCGGGCGUGAGACCGCCGAAGCGCUCUGCGGCCUCCUCUUGGACCCCGAGUGUCCGCUCACGAUCAUCGACCUCAGUGGCAACAGCAUGACCGAAGGCGACGCGACUGCGCUGCACGAAGGGCUCGAGCGCAACCUCAAGGUCGUGACGCUCGACUUGCGCCAGAACGAGAUUCCGAAAGACGCAACUGUCCUUGCGCACAUUGCGCAGAUCAUCCGUCGCAACGAGCUCGACGGGCGUCAUGCAUGAGGCUCCGAUCUCGCAGUACCCAAGGAAACCAUAAAUUGAAAGAAAAAUCGCCGACGCAAAAAUGGAGCCUAAC